CGUCGAUGUCGUCCACGAAGUCUUCAGGGUCGCUGAAGCUUUCCUCCGGCUCUUCCAACUCGGCCUCCUCCGGCACUUCUGGCACUGCCUCCUCUCCCACCGUCUCUGCCUUUGCUACCACCGUCUCUGCCUCUGCCUCUGCCUCCUCUACCACCGUCUCUGCCUUUGCUACCACCGUCUCUGCCUCUGCCACCGUCUCUGCCUCCUCUACCUCCUCCUCCUCCUUCUCGUCCUUCUCCUCAUCCUCCUCGUCCUUCUCCUCAUCCUCCUCGUCGUCCUCCUUCUCCUCCAUCUCCGCUACCACCACCGCCUCUGCGACCACUGCCUCUGCCUCCACCACCUCUGCCUCUGCUUCCACCACCUCUGCCUCUGCUACCACCACCUCUGCCUCUGCUACCACCACCUCUGCCUCUGCCUUUGCUACCACCACCUCUGCCUCUGCUACCACCACCUCUGCCUCUGCCUCUGCGACCACCAUCUCUACCUCUGCUUCUGCUUCUGCCUCUGCCACCACCACCUCUGCCUCUCGGGAGCGCGCACGCAAUGUUCCGCUUCCCCACUGUUCGUGCAACGGCCCCGUCCCCGAGCGGGAGCGCGCACGCAAUGUUCCGCUUCCCCACUGUUCGUGCAACGGCCCCGCCCCCGAGCGGGAGCGCGCGCCCCGAGCCCGAGCCAACGGCUUCAGCUCGAGGUCGUCACCGCCGCCCCCACAGCACUCAGAGGGGUGGACGCCCCAUAGAGACAGAAUCAAACACUGGAAGCUCAUUAACCGUUGA